CUCGAACUCGACGUCGGAUUGUGUGCUGCAGCUGCAGACGGAGUGCGAGAUUUUUUUGUGUUUUUUGGCCAACGCCGGUUCCAAGCGGAAAUUCCCCGAGUGUGCUUCGUUUCCGUGACGUGUGCUUCCGGGUGUUAAAUUUCCGGUGUGGAUUGCUGAUUGUGAGGAAGAGACGGGCUUUUGGUGCGGAUUUUUGCGGUUUAGUUCGGACUCUGUUCCGUGGGUAAAGUGUUUUGUGUGGCGCAGGUUCCAGCGGGCUCGGACUGGUCACGGCCUGCGAAGGUAGCAAGUAGCAGCAGCAAAAUUUCGGCUUAAUGUCUAGUGGUGAAGUUCGUGAGAGCAGCUGCGCCGUCGAACCCCCAGCCGCCAAGAAGCGGAAACUGCCGCCCUCUUCGUCGACUUGCCCGGAGGAGGUUGGGGCAGUAGUAGGAGCAGCUGGUGGAGUGGUAGAGGAAGGUGGUGCAGAGGCAGUAGUCGACCAAACUUCGCAGCAAAGACAGCAGCAGCAGCAGCAAAAGUCAGAAGAGGCAGCAGUUGAAAUGGCGACGUCGACGGCAAACAACAAUGGUUCGGGUCCGGAAGGUGGUUCCCAGGCUGGUGGUGGCAACCAGGACAUCGACGAGGGUCUGUACUCGCGCCAGCUGUACGUGCUCGGCCAUGACGCGAUGCGGCGGAUGGCCAAAUCGGACGUGCUCAUCUCCGGCCUCGGCGGGCUGGGCGUGGAAAUCGCGAAAAACGUAAUCCUCGGCGGGGUCAAAUCUGUCACUCUGCAUGACAAAGCGCUUUGCACCGUGGCCGAUCUGUCGUCCCAGUUCUAUCUGACUGCGGACGAUGUCGGCCGGAACCGGGCCGAGGUGAGCUGCCACCAGCUGGCCGAACUCAACAACUAUGUGCCUACCAGUGCGUACACCGGGGACCUCACCGAGGACUUCCUGCUGCGGUUCCGCUGUGUGGUCCUCACGCUGACCGCCCCCGCGGAGCAGCACCGGAUCGCCGAAAUCACCCAUCGGCACAACAUUGCCCUCAUCAUCGCGGACACCCGCGGCCUGUUUUCGCAAAUCUUUUGCGAUUUCGGCACCAACUUUACCGUGUACGACCAAACCGGAGCGAACCCCGGUUCGGCGAUGGUCGCCAGCAUCACGUCCGACCCGGAGAGCAUCGUGACGUGCCUGGACGAGAAUCGGCACGGCUUCGAGGACGGGGACUACGUAACCUUCACCGAGGUCGAAGGCAUGACCGAGCUGAACGGAUGCGAUCCGAUCAAGAUCAAGGUGCUGGGCCCGUACACGUUCAGCAUCGGCGACACGUCCAAGAACACGGCGUACGUGCGGGGUGGAAUCGUGACCCAGGUCAAGAUGCCCAAGCAGAUCUCGUUCAAGCCGCUGGCGGAGGCGGAAAACGCGCCCGAGUUCAUCAUGUCGGACUUCUCCAAGUGGGACCACCCGCAGAACACGCAGCUGGCGUUCACCGUGUUGGGCCGCUUCCAGGAGAAGAACGGCGGUCGGCUGCCCCGUCCGUGGAGCGUUGAGGACGCGGCGCAGUUCGUCGAGCUGUGCAAGGAGCGCGCCAAGGAGCUCAAGGUGGAGGAGAUCAACGAGGGCAUGCUGACUACGUUUGCCAAGGUCUGCUCGGGAGAUCUGUGCCCGAUGAACGGGGCGAUCGGAGGAAUUACCGCGCAGGAGGUCAUGAAGGCUUGCACUGGGAAGUUCACACCGAUCUACCAGUACUUCUCGUUCGACGCCAUCGAAUGUCUGCCGGAGGGUGGUUUGACCGAGGAAGAGUGCGCCCCGGUUGGGUCGCGUUACGACGGCCAGAUUGCCGUGUUUGGGCGCAAGUUCCAGGACGUGCUCGGCCAGCUGAAGUACUUUAUCGUGGGCGCCGGUGCGAUCGGGUGCGAGCUGCUCAAGAACUUUGCCAUGAUCGGGGUGGCGUCGAAGGAGGGCGGCGAGAUCAUCGUCACCGACAUGGAUCUGAUCGAGAAGAGCAACCUGAACAGGCAGUUCCUGUUCCGCCCGCACGACGUGCAGCAGCCCAAGUCGCGGGUCGCGGCGCUCGCCGUCAAGCGCAUGAACGGGGACAUUAACGUGACCUCGCACGAGAACCGGGUCGGCGUUGAGACGGAGAAGGUCUACGACGAUACGUUCUUCGAGCGGCUGGAUGGCGUGGCGAACGCGCUGGAUAACAUUGACGCGCGCAUCUACAUGGAUCGUCGCUGUGUGUAUUAUCGCAAGCCGCUGCUCGAGUCGGGCACGCUGGGAACCAUGGGCAAUAUUCAGGUGGUCGUCCCGUUCCUGACGGAGUCGUACAGCUCGUCGCAGGACCCGCCGGAGAAGUCGAUCCCGAUCUGCACGCUGAAGAACUUCCCGAACGCGAUCGAGCACACGCUGCAGUGGGCCCGUGACAUGUUCGAGGGCAUCUUCAAGCAGUCGGCCGCGAACGCCGCCCAGUACAUCUCGGAUCCGACGUUCAUCGAGCGCACGCUCAAGCUGCCCGGCUGCCAGCCGCUCGAGGCGCUGGAAUCGGUUAAGACUGCCCUCAUCGACGAGCGUCCAAAGUCGAUCGAGGACUGCGUCAAGUGGGCCCGGUUCCACUUCCAGGAGCAGUACGCGAACCAGAUCAGCCAGCUGCUGUUCAACUUCCCGCCGGACCAGCAGACGUCCUCGGGGCAGCCGUUCUGGUCGGGGCCGAAGCGCUGUCCGGAGCCGAUCCCGUUCAACGUGGACAACGCCAUGCAUCUGGACUACGUGUUUGCGACGGCCAAUCUGCGCGCGGCCGUGUACGGAAUUCCGCAGCUGCGAGACCGUGCGGCCAUCGCCGGCCUUGUGAGCAAGGUUCAGGUCCCCGUCUUCGUGCCGAAAUCGGGCGUCAAGAUCGCCGUUACGGACGCGGCCAUGCAGGCCGAGGCCAACGGUGCCAGCGGCGACGAGCUGGACAAGGACCGCAUCACCCGGCUCCGCGACGAGCUGGCCUCGCUCGGACGGCUCGACUUCACCGUCACGCCGCUCGAGUUCGAAAAGGACGACGACAACAAUCUGCACAUGGACUUUAUCGUGGCGGCGUCGAACCUGCGUGCCGCAAACUACAAGAUUCCGCCGGCGGAUCGGCACAAGUCGAAGCUGAUUGCGGGCAAGAUUAUGCCGGCCAUCGCGACGACCACCUCGCUGGUCGCCGGCUGCGUGUCGCUCGAGCUGUACAAGCUGGCGCAAGGAUUCAACACGCUGGAGCGCUUCAAGAACGGCUUCAUCAACCUGGCGCUGCCGUUCUGCACCUUCUCGGAGCCGAUCCAGGCCAAGAAGCAGACCUACUACGACAAGGACUGGACGCUGUGGGACCGCUUUGAGGUGCAGGGCGAGAUGACGCUGAAGCAGUUCCUGGACCACUUUGAGAACGAGCACAAGCUGGAGAUUACGAUGCUGUCGCAAGGUGUCUGCAUGCUGUACGCGUUCUUCAUGGCCAAGGACAAGAAGGCGGAACGGCUCGCGCUCAACAUGUCCGAGGUGGUGCGGCGCGUCUCGAAGAAGAGCAUCGAGCCGCACGUGCGCGCCCUGGUCUUUGAGAUUUGCUGCAACGACUCGGACGGGAACGACGUCGAGAUUCCGUACGUGCGCUACAUUUUGCCCUAGGUGAUAAAAAGGAGAGAUAGGUAGUGAGCACACAGACACACACACACACAACUACACUUACACCUACACUGAGAAGUAAUUUUUAAGAGUGCAAACACUAACACACACCGUACACUGGCGAGAGUUUGAAGACUCCAAAGUGAGCGAACACCCCGAAUUCAACAAUCCUUUCUGUUUUCUUUCCUGCAAAAUAAAAGCGAUCUGGUUAUCCAAACUGGAGUUUCUUCCCUCAAAUGAUUUGUGUCUCAAAGUCUGUCCACUUUGUUUAUUAUCUCUUGUGUGAUAUUGAAGUCAAGUCACUCUCUCUCUUUUAACAAUAAAAUCUAUUUAUCUUUUCACCUAACUCUGCUAGGGCAUUUUGCAUUGCUUUCUCUUCGGCGCGCUGCCCAGGUUUAAAUUCAUCAUCGCUGCAUUCAAAUCUUUAGAAAAUUGCGCAUAUUUUGAUUAGCCACACCCUCCGCCCCAACCAGCAAAAUAAAUCAACCAAUCGAAUCGGUUAUAGUUUUAGACGACUAAACAGGUUUAAUCGCGUGUGGCCGGGGGAGAGAAUCAACUAAACAAGGCAUUUCGAACGUGUGUUGCUUACUUUAGAAUAAACAAAAAAAAACAACACACACAACGCAACACUCUUUUUUGGUCUCUGUAGUAGAUUGAGCGGAAGGAAACGUGCAAGAUUAAAAAAAUAAUAAUAAACCCAGAAAGGUGUGGAAAAGUGAAAAUCGCGAACGUAACGAAAAGAAGAAUCGAGCUGAACGACGUUUGGCGCGUGCAGGCAUAUAACUAAAGCAAAAUUGAAUGAAGAAUUAUUAAUUUUUACUGAAUGAUAAAUGAGUAGUUAUAAAAAAAAACAAACACAGAAAAAGCUAUGGUAGCACCUUAAUGCAAGAUGGAAGAGAACAAAUGUGAAACGGAAACAUUGAAUUUGCAAAUAAAUUACAUGAUCAUGAAAUUUGACAAUUUA